AUGCGCUCUAUUGUCUGUCGCGGAAGCCCAUACGAUAUAGGGCGACAACAUGGAGAGCAGGCCUCUAAAGAAGUACACGGAAGCAUAGAUUUCUACAAGACCUUUCUCAAGAAGAAUUCUUCCAUGGGAUGGGCUGAAGUAUGUCGAGCAGCUGUCAAGUUUCUCCCAUUGCUGGAGACGAGGUUCCCAAACUAUAUGCAGGAGAUACGAGGAAUCGCCCAAGGAGCCGGCGUUGACGUGAAAUCCAUCCUUGCGUUGAAUGUGCGCACCGAGAUUGCAUUUGGCAUGUCCAACGAUGGGUGCACAGCUUUCUCAUGGACUGGUUCACACGAGAGCUUCAUUGCCCAGAACUGGGAUUGGGAGGAUGAGCAAGCGCCGAAUCUCAUUUCUUUGCACAUAACCUCGUUGGAUCCACUGAAGCCAUAUAUUCAUAUGAUCACUGAGGCUGGCAUCAUUGGCAAAAUCGGCCUGAAUUCAAGAGGCGUCGGGGUAACCCUCAACGCCAUCCAGGCAGAAGGUGUAGACUUCAAUCGGCUGCCCUGUCACAUUGCUCUUAGAUACGCGCUGGAGAGCCUUUCACGUGUCGAAGUUAUUGCAAAGCUGGGAAAAAUAGGCGUUGCGUCUGCAUGCCAUAUCACCGUCGCUGAUCGUACGGGAGGUACUGGUAUCGAAUGCUCUUCUAUGGACAUCGCAUGGCUCAACAUGGGUGACUCUAUAGAGAGUAGACCAGACGUCAUCACUCACACUAACCACUAUGUGCAUAACCACAAGGCUGGCUUGCAGUGUGAGAUGUAUAUGUCCGAUAGUGUGGCUCGUUUAGCGAGGCUUCAAGAACUGCUGGCACAGAGCGGGCCGAACCCAGAUCCAGAGAGAAUAGAUGAAAUUCUGAAGGACGAGCAUGGAUACCCGACUUCUAUAUGUCGGCAGGCAGAGGGAGACAACCCAACCUCCACGUUGUUUAGCAUCAUUAUGAACCUCAGGCAGCUAAAGGCCACAGUGAAGGUUGGAAGACCAGUCGAUCCCAAGGAGACGAUUGAACUGAAAACCUCAAUCAAUGCGUGUGGUUGA